AUGACGAAGGGUACCUCCAGCUUUGGCAAGCGCCACAACAAAACCCACACUCUCUGCCGCCGUUGUGGCCAGCGCUCCUUCCACAUCCAGAAGUCGACCUGUGCCAACUGUGGUUAUCCCUCGGCUAAGACCCGCAAGUACAACUGGGGCGAGAAGGCCAAGCGCAGAAAGACCACCGGCUCCGGCAGAAUGAGCCACCUCCGCGACGUCCAGCGCCGCUUCAAGAACGGCUUCCAGACCGGCACCCCCAAGGCCGCCCGCGGUCCCCAGAGCCAGUAA